AAUUAAAAAUUAAAAAAAUUAAAAAUCCAGCCGAACAAGCAAACACCAAAAAUUAACUGCGAAGAACAAAAUUUUACACGCAAUCUGGACAAAUAUCCAAUUUUAUAUUCCCAAGUCCUCUUUCUCUGUCUCCGUAUAGAUUCUUCGAGUUCUUCUGCAUAAACCGCCAAGAGAGAGAGAAUUGAAUACAAUUAUUUGUAUAUAUUCAACUGUCAGAUGGUGAAUUAGGGCUUGCGAAAUUCGAUUUGGCAGUCGAAUAAGGAAGAAUUAUUAGAGUUUAUUGCACUAAUUAUUGUGGUUGUUGAGUAAUCCUGGGGAGUGAAGGCUCUGCGAUUAAGCUUUGUUUGUGCUGCGUGGAUUGGAUUGCUCGGUGCUGGAGUUCUGAUACUAUGGAAGCCGAUUUGCCUCCUGAAUACACGCACAUCAAGCAUCGUGAUCGAAUCGUGCGGAGGCUAGCUCAACUGGGAGUGCCAAACGAGUUUCUUGGUGAAUACCAACGUGGGUUGGUUGCUUUUAUUAAGAAUAACAAGCAACGGAUACCGGAACUGGUUUCCGCUAUACUACCCGCUGAUGACGAAGUGGCUCUAAGUGAAGCAAAACCAGGGACUAAGAAACAAGGUGUAAGCAUGAAAAGUCAAUUCCACGAAAGCAUGUCGUGGUUGCAGUGGUUGAUGUUUGAGGGUGAACCUAAGUCAGCCCUGAAGAGUCUCUCCAAAAUGAGUGUUGGGCAGCGUGGUAUUUGUGGAGCUGUUUGGGGACAUAACGAUAUAGCUUACAGAUGCCGAACAUGUGCAAAUGAUCCAACAUGUGCAAUUUGUGUUCCGUGCUUUCAGAAUGGGAACCACAAGGAUCAUGAUUAUUCAGUUAUUUAUACUGGUGGUGGUUGUUGUGAUUGUGGUGAUGUUACAGCAUGGAAGCGCAAAGGCUUUUGCUCAAAUCAUAAAGGUGCGGAACAGAUACAACCUCUUCCAAAGGAGAUUGCAAACAUUGUAGGGCCUGUUCUUGAUUGCCUCUUUGAUAUAUGGAAAACCAAGCUGGUUCUUUGUGAAACUAUCUGGCGGGAAAAUGCUAGAGCAAGUGACCAAGUUGGAGAACGUAGAAAGGUUGAAAAUGAGUUAACUUUUUUCGUGGUUGAGAUGCUUCUAGAAUUCUGUAAGUACAGUGAGAGUUUGCUAAGUUUUGUAUCCAAGACGGUUUUAGCAUCAGGGGAUCUAUUAGGGAUUCUUAUGACGGCAGAAAGGUUUUUGAAUGACACUGUUAUGAAAAGGCUGCAUGAGUUGCUACUGAAACUGCUGGGAGAACCUGUUUUCAAAUAUGAGUUUGCCAAAGUAUUUUUGAGUUACUACCCAGCUGUUGUAGGUGAAGCCAGAAAGGAAUUAAGCCACCCUUCUGUAAAAAAGUAUCCACUGCUCUUUGCAUUCUCUGUUCAAAUCUUCACGGUGCCAACUUUAACACCUCGUCUUGUGAAAGAAAUGAACCUGCUGUCUAUGCUGAUGGGAUGCUUGGAAGAUAUUUUCAUUUCCUGUGCUGGAGAUGACGGUCGUUUACAGGUUACCAAGUUUUCAAAUUUGUAUGAGAUCACAAUUCGUGUGAUUGAAGAUAUUAGAUUUGUUAUGAGCCAUGCUACAGUGCCCAAAUAUGUAACUCAUGACCAGCAAAAUAUUUCAAGAACUUGGAUGAGACUCUUGGCUUUCGUGCAAGGCAUGAACCCUCAAAAAAGGGAAACAGGCCUGCUCAUUGAAGAAGAAAAUGAGAAUAUGCAUCUGCCGUUUGUUCUAGGUCAUUCAAUUGCCAACAUUCAUUCUUUAUUGGUGGAUGGGGCAUUUUCUGUAGCUAUUGACAAGAUGGAUGAAGACUCUCUUUUCAGAACAUAUAAGCAGGAUACGGAUGACAGGGAUAGCCUAAGACAUUCAAAAGUAGGACGGCUGUCCCAGGAAAGUUCUGCAUGUAGUGCAGUGGGGAGUAGUUCAUUUGCGUGUGAGUCAAAGGUUUCUGAAGAUAAAUCAGAUGCUCUUUCUGAUUUGUUGAUUCCACCAUCUGUGAUGUGGCUAACAUAUGAGUGCUUGAGGGCAAUUGAGAAGUGGCUGGGAGGUGAUAAUACCUCCAGGACUCUUCUUGAUGCAUCUUCUCCAAGUACUUGCAAUUUCUCUGCUAGCAAUUUUUCAGCAUUGAAGAGAACAUUAUCCAAGAUCAGGAAAGGAAAAUAUAUUUUUGGUAGACUUGCCAGUUCUAGUGAAGAUCAUGGCAAGCAGUGUUCAUCACAUUUACAUAGUGAUUGCAAUAUGAGUGUUGACCCCCAGAAUGGCAGAAUUGCAGGGCAGGAGAAUAAUUUGAUGGUUACUGACAACAUUGAUUCAGUCAAUGCCUGCAAUCCUGCAGGAUUUGAUGAUAGUGCUAUGGAAGUAGAUGGUGCCACGGACUUAGAUGCUCUACGUGUAUUGAGUUUGUCUGAUUGGCCAGACAUAACAUAUGAUGUUAAUUCACAGGAUAUAUCUGUUCACAUUCCUUUACACCGCUUACUUUCCUUGCUUUUACAGAAAGCAUUAAGAAGAUGUUUUGGUGAAGUGCCAGAUCUGGCUAGCAUUACUUCUGUAAAUUCAUCAUCAGCUAUUUUAACUGACUUCUUUGGAAAUAUUCUGGGAGGCUGCCACCCGUAUGGAUUUUCUGCCUUUGUUAUGGAGCAUCCCCUUCGGAUCAGAGUAUUUUGUGCCGAGGUUCAUGCGGGAAUGUGGCGGAAAAAUGGGGAUGCAGCCCUAUUAUCUUGUGAGUGGUAUCGUUCAGUUCGCUGGUCUGAACAGGGUUUGGAGCUUGAUCUGUUUCUACUUCAAUGCUGUGCUGCCUUGGCUCCAGCUGAUCCUUAUGUUAACAGAAUUGUAGAACGCUUUGGCCUGUCCAGUUACCUUUCUUUGAACCUUGAGCACUCUAGUGAAUAUGAGACUGUUCUAGUGCAAGAAAUGCUCACUCUUAUUAUACAAAUAGUCAAAGAAAGGCGAUUUUGUGGUCUAACUAAAGCUGAAAGUUUGAAAAGAGAGUUGGUUCAUAAAUUAGCCAUUGUGGAUGGCACUCAUAGUCAAUUGGUUAAAUCUCUUCCUCGUGAUCUGUCCAAGUCUGAUCAGCUACAUGGAAUUUUGGAAUCCAUUGCCGUGUACUCCAAUCCCUCUGGCUUUAAUCAGGGGACUUAUUCACUACAAUGGACAUUUUGGAAAGAACUGGAUUUGUACUACCCUCGUUGGAACUCGAGGGAUCUGCAAGCUGCUGAAGAAAGAUACUUGCGUUUUCGUGGUGUUUCUGCAUUGACCACUCAGCUACCCAGAUGGACUAAGAUUUAUUGUCCUUUCAAAGGGGUAGCUAGAAUUGCUACAUGUAAAGCAGUCCUUAAAAUUAUCCGUGCUGUGUUGUUUUAUGCUGUUUCUUCUGAUAAAUCAAGUGAGUCACGGGCUCCUGAUAGUGUUCUGUUAACUGCAUUGCACUUACUUUCGUUAGCAUUAGACAUUUGUUCUCAACAUAAGGAAGCUGGUGAUAAGUCUUGUUAUGAUGGAGAUGCAAUUCCCAUGCUAGCUUUUGCUGGGGAAGAAAUCAAUGAAGGACGAUACUUUGGUGCUGGUCAACAAAGCUUGCUGUCACUUCUUGUUAUCUUGAUGAGGAUGUAUAAGAAAGAGAAUGUCAACAAUUGUUUGGAAGCUGGAAGUUGUGACCUCUCUUCUUUAAUUGGAAGUUUAUUAAAGAAGUUUGUAGAGAUUGAUUCUGGAUGUUUGACCAUAUUACAACAACUUGCACCUGAAGUGGUUGGUCUUGUGUCGCAAUCUUCUCCAAAUGUUGACGCUAAGACCUCAGGUUCAAUUUCUGACUCUGAGAAGCGCAAGGCAAAAGCCAGAGAGAGACAGGCUGCCAUAUUGGAAAAAAUGAGAGCCGAACAAUCCAAGUUUAUGGCCAGUGUUAAUUCCACUGUGGACGAGGGUUCAAAAUCGGAGCAAGAGGUUUGUGAACUUAAUGUUGAAGAUGAUUUGGAAGAGUCUGAACAAGUUGUUUGCUCUCUUUGUCAUGAUCCCAGUUCCAGAAAUCCGAUAUCCUACUUGGUUUUACUUCAGAAAUCUAGACUUUUGAGUUUCAUAGAAAGAGGUCCCUUGUCAUGGGAGCAACCACGUUGGAUAGACAAGGAGCACAUCUCUAUUACCACAAACGAGGUUAAUGAUCAAUCCGGAUUAAGCACUUUAUCAAGUGGUUCAGGACCACAACUGGUGCCAUCUGAUCCUUGUAGACAUUUGGUUCAGAAUGCAGUCACCGAAUUUGCCUAUCAUGGACAACCUAGGGAUGUUGACGCUCUUAUAGAUUUUCUCAAGGGCCGGUUCCAUGAAUUAAGUUUCCAUGAAUUAAGGAAUAUCCAAGUGCAACGUGAAUCAAAUGAUGAAAGGGAAAAUACUUUAUAUACAUUUGAGACAAUGGAAGAUGAUAUGUACAUCUCCAUCCAAAAGGAAAUGCGUGAUAAGAUGCUUCAUUCUAAUCCUUUAGAGGAUAAGGGAUUUUCAACUCCUGAAGGGGAUCAAGAAGAAACUAAGCAUGCUGAAUUUAUGUUACUUGGAAAAUAUAUAGCUUCUCUUUCUAGAGAGACAACAGAGAAUCCUUCAUCUUCCGAAAGUGCUCCUAAUGAAAGGGUGACAGUAGAUUCUUCUUGUCUUUCAGCACAUGACGGAUUUGGCCCGACAGAUUGUGAUGGAAUUUAUCUUUCUUCCUGUGGACAUGCUGUACAUCAGGGAUGCCUUGAUCGUUAUUUAUCUUCGUUGAAGGAAAGGUAUCUUAGAAGAAUUGUUUUUGAAGGGGGACAUAUUGCAGAUCCCGACAAGGGGGAGUUUCUCUGCCCUGUAUGCCGUCGACUUGCAAAUUCUGUCUUGCCCGCUUUGCCAGAGUUUCUCCAGGUCACUAAGGAGCCUCUGUAUUCAGGUGUUAGUUCGUCGCAUGCUACUGGUCAAUCGGUCAAAUCAGGUGACGAAAUUAGUUCUCUUCAGCUUCAACAAGGGUUGGCUCUCUUGCAAUCUGCAGCAGAGGCAUAUGGGAAGGUUGGAAGUCUAAAAGGUUUCCCCCUUCAGAAAUGUGGAAGAAUGACCUCAGACCUUGAACCAAUUUUUCGAUUGCUCUGUAAGAUGUAUUUUCUGUCUAAACCGGAUAAGUUAUCAGGAUCUGCCAGGGUCAACCACCCAAUGCUUAUGUGGGACAUAAUUAAGUACUCUCUACUAUCAACAGAAAUUGCUGCUCGUUCUGGUGGGAAAUAUGCAACUCUAAGCUAUGGCCUUAGUACACUGUAUAAGGAACUUGAAUCAAGUAGAUUUAUUUUGUCCUUGUUGCUGAAAAUAGUCCAAAAUAGAAGAAAGAAUUCUCUUCAUGUCCUUCAGAGAUUUAUAGGAAUUCAAAGCUUUACAGAGUCUAUACUAUUUGGAGUUUCCAUAGACGUUGGCAAUGAAACAUGUGGACAAGGUGCUAUGCUGCGUAUCUUGGAACAUGUUGAUCUAGCAGUAUCAUAUCCUGAUAUUCAGUUCUGGAAUCGAGCUUCUGAUCCUGUCCUUGCUCGUGAUCCCUUUACAUCAUUGAUGUGGGUUCUUUUUUGUCUUCCAUACCAAUUUUUAUCAUGUGAAGAUUCAUUGUUAUCCCUAGUGCACUUAUUUUAUGUUGUCUCUGUAGUUCAGGGCAUAAUGACAUUUUGUGGGAAAAAUCAAUGUGACAUUAGUGGAUUAGGUAUUGAUGAUUGCCUGGUUACUGACAUAUCUAAACUUAUGGAAGAAUCUGGAGCCACCCAGCAAUAUUUCGUUUCAAACUAUAUUGGCUCUUCUUGUAAUAUUAAGAACAUAGUUUGCAGCCUGAGUUUCCCUUAUUUGCGGAGGUGCGCAUUGCUGUUGAAGCUGCUGAACUCUUGUUCCCGAUUACCAUUCCAUGAAAGGUAUAAUGUCUUGGAUAGAUCUCAUGCCAUUGGUGACAUGAUGGACACCACUUAUGUGGCACUGGUGAAUCUAAAUGAUGUUCAAGAAAUAGAAAGCAUGUUCAAGGUUCCUACACUGGAUGUUAUCUUUAAGGAUAAAGUGGUACGUUCAAUAGCUCAGAAAUGGUUCCAUCAUUUUCGGAAGGAGUUGGAGGUCCAAAGAUUUCAAGGAAGCAUGCACUGUAGCCCUGCAGUUCCCUUCCAAUUGAUGCGUCUGCCUCGAGUUUACCAGGACAUAUUGCAGAGGUAUAUAAAACAGCGUUGUCCUGAUUGCGAGGAUAUUCUUGAUGACCCUGUAUUGUGCUUGCUUUGUGGGAGAUUAUGCUCUCCAAGCUGGAAGUCAUGUUGCAAGGAAAGUGAAUGCCAAACUCAUGCAGUGUCCUGUGGUUCUGGUACUGGGGUAUUUCUGUUGAUCAGGAGGACAACAAUUCUGCUGCAAAGAUCUGCACGGCAAGCUCCCUGGCCAUCACCCUACUUGGAUGCUUUUGGAGAAGAGGAUAUUGAAAUGCAGAGAGGAAAGCCGUUGUACUUGAACAAGGAACGUUAUGCAGCUUUAACUUACUUGGUUGCUUCUCAUGGCCUUGAUCGAAGCUCCAAGGUUCUUGGACAAACUACUAUUGGUUCUUUCUUCAUGGUUUAGUUUGGAUUUCAAGAGAUUGAUGGCAAAGGAUUCUUGAUAGCAGCAGAUAAUAUCCACUUCCGAAAAUAAAUCUGGACCUAGGAUCAACGGUUCAGUUUACUGCACAUUGAGGUUGGUGGCUACUGGUGAUGCUAUAAGUUAACUAUUAAAAUUCUGAAAAUGGCAGAUGCUUGGGUAUCCCUCUCCAUAGGUUGAAAAUUUGGUCCCAAGGGAAGACUAGUUUAUUGGCGGCAGGUUGUUCCUUCCGUUUUUUAUGCAUGUACAGUUCGAUAUGAUGCUGAAGUCUGAAGUCUCUACUGCGAACUAUCUUCACCAGGGGGUUGUCCAUCAAACGGUUGUACAUAAAAGUUUAACCAUAAUUCAUGAGCCACUGAUUUAUGGGUAGUGGCAUUUGCAUGCUUUGCUUUAGCAGUUGAGGAGAGAAGCCUCCACUGCUGCCGGGUCCAUCGCUCUCUCUCUCUGUUUGUGGUGUUAUUUAUUUAUUUGUUUUAUAAGCAUUCUUUUUCUCCAAAGAGCUGAGGGGGGAGGCAGAGUGGCUUGUGGAGCUGUUAAUAGAGAUUUCUAGUUGUUCCGGUCGGGCGUGUCGAUAAAUCCUUUGAUCCGUUAAAAGCUUCCAUAGCUAAAAGUUUGAAAAUACAAAGAACUGCUCAUGGUCCCUAGCGCUUUCAGCGAAAGACACGGAAAAGAAGUUAUAAAAGCACUUUAUAACAUUUUUAGGUGGUUAUAUGUCGAAUGUGCCAAUGUUAAUCAGAGCUUUUAGUUGUC